CGUUAUCUUAAGCAUCUCUCUCUCUCUCUCUCUCUCUCUCUCUCUCUUCAUUUCUUUUUCCUACUUUUGUCCACUUUUCUUUCUGGGGUGUGGCUAUGUGCUUUUACUUUGUUCUUUAAUUCUUCCCCUUGGUUCUUCCCUUCUUUAUUCCCCUCUCUCUCUCUCUCCCCUCUGAUUCCGUGUGAAGCUCAGGAAGGCUUCACCAAUGGCAGACAUAAGCCACCCUCCUAUGGAACAGCUUCAGGACCUCGAAUACUGCAUAGAUUCUAAUCCUCCAUGGGCUGAAACCAUCUUGUUAGCAUUCCAGAAUUACAUAUUGAUGUUGGGCACAAGUGUAAUGAUUCCUACACUUCUCGUCCCAUUAAUGGGUGGAACUGAUGGUGACAAGGCACGGGUGAUACAAACUCUUCUAUUUGUGGCCGGCAUCAACACACUUCUCCAAGCACUGUUCGGAACAAGGUUACCAGCUGUUGUUGGAGCGUCCUAUGCUUAUGUCAUUCCUAUUCUUUACAUCAUAAAUGACUCAUCCCUGCAACGAAUAACUGAACCCCAUGUUAGAUUUAUACACACAAUGCGAGCCAUCCAAGGAGCUUUAAUUGUAGCGUCUAGCAUACAAAUCAUCUUGGGUUACAGCCAAGUUUGGGGUCUCUUUUCACGGUUUUUCAGCCCUCUUGGUAUGGCACCUGUGGUUGGAUUGGUUGGUUUUGGGAUGUUUCAACGAGGAUUUCCUGCGCUUGGCAAUUGUGUAGAAAUUGGGAUACCAAUGCUAUUGUUGAUCAUUGGACUGUCACAAUAUCUGAAGCAUGUGAGACCACUGAGGGAUUUACCCAUUUUUGAACGAUUUCCUGUAUUGAUCUCUGUCUCAAUCAUCUGGGUAUAUGCAAUUAUACUGACUGCGGGUGGGGCCUACCGCAACAGUCCUUAUAUCACUCAACACAGUUGCCGUACAGACAAAGCAGAUCUCAUAUCGACUGCCCCAUGGUUCAAGUUUCCUUACCCUUUGCAAUGGGGGCCACCUUCUUUUUCAGCAGGACAUUCCUUUGCCAUGAUGUCAGCAGUUCUUGUGUCAAUGGUUGAGUCCACUGGUGCAUACAAGGCAGCAUCUCGGCUGGCGAUUGCCACUCCUCCUCCUGCCUAUGUUUUGAGUCGGGGCAUCGGCUGGCAGGGGAUUGGUGUUAUGCUUGAUGGUCUUUUUGGAACGCUCACUGGUUCUACUGUAUCAGUGGAGAAUGUAGGACUCCUUGGACUCACCCGAGUUGGAAGUCGCAGAGUCGUCCAAAUUUCGGCUGGCUUCAUGAUUUUCUUCUCCAUCUUAGGAAAAUUUGGAGCUGUUUUUGCCUCAAUACCUUUCCCCAUAUAUGCUGCAUUGUACUGUCUUCUCUUCGGCAUUGUGGGAUCAGUCGGCCUCUCAUUUCUACAGUUCACUAACAUGAAUUCUAUGAGAAAUCUCACAAUCAUGGGGCUCUCGCUCUUCCUGGGGUUGUCUGUUCCUCAAUUCUUUAAUGAGUACCAGACACUUCACAGAGGUCUCGUUCGCACCAACGCUGGAUGGUUCAACGCAUUCAUGAACACCCUAUUCUCGUCUCCACCGACAGUAGGAUUGAUAGUUGCAGUGUUCCUUGACAACACAAUAGAGGUAGAGAAGUCGAAGAAAGACCGAGGGAUGCCGUGGUGGGUAAAGUUCAGAACAUUCAGAGGAGACAACAGAAACGAAGAGUUCUACACACUGCCAUUCAACCUCAACAGGUUCUUCCCACCGACAUGACCGAGGUUUCCAUGAAAAUCAUCGAACCAAGAAAGUUCCUUUCUUUUUUCCUAUCCACAAUUCCAUCAACAUGAAUAGUGCCAGUAGUUCUCAUCGGAGGUUAGUAUUCUUGGUUGUAGGCAGAUUGGCAAAUGUUUAUUCCUCUUCUGCAAUCGUCUCCAUUUUUUGGUGGGCCAUGUGUAGCAAGGUCCCAGAUAGAUUUUGAUCCAUGUUUUUCUAGGUUCUAUACUUAAGGUAUUCAUAAGAAAUGGCAUCUGCUCUCUCUUCCUAA